UACUGUGUGUCAAGCACUUCUAUUUACAACAAGUGACGGAGUAACAUGGCAACCAGCAUCCUUAUCCUUUGCCUGUGUACAGUCCUCUUUGGUAGAGGCUCAGAAGCUCAGGUAUGCGGAACGGCACCUCUAAAUACAAAGAUAGUGGGUGGUGAGAAUGCUGUUGAUGGAGCAUGGCCCUGGCAGGGAACAAUUCAAACGUUGGCUGACAAACGUCAUUUCUGUGCAGGAACUCUUCUUAACACUGAGUGGGCUCUCACAGCAGCCCACUGCGUCAAAGGGAGGUUGGCUGCUGAUAUAAAUAUUAUUUUUGGAAGACUGGCCCAUGGUGCCGUCAGUGCCACUGAGACGAAAACAGCCCUUACGGAGAUUAUUAUCCACCCUGAGUACAACGCCACAACUCAUGACAAAGACAUUGCCCUUUUAAAGCUGCAAACCUCUAUUGUAGUCAAUAAUCAUAUCCAGCCUAUCUGCCUGCCUACCACCAACAGCCAGUUUUUCACAUCCACCCUUUGCUGGGCCACUGGUUGGGGAAAAGUCAACAACAAUGAUUUUUCACUUUCUGAUAAUCUUCAGGAGAUCGAUAUUCCUGUUGUUGGAAAGAAAAAGUGCAGUUGCAGUUAUCAAUCAACACCUAAGACCACCAUCACUGACAACAUGAUCUGUGCUGGAGGAAAGGACAAAGGCAUUUGUCUGGGUGACGGUGGUGGACCUCUGCAAUGCAAACAGGACGAUAAGUGGAUCCUGGCUGGAAUCACAAGUAUUGCAACACCAUGCCUUGAUGGUUUACCUCAAGCCUUUACCCGAGUUUCUCAAUUCCAGGAUUGGAUCUUACAGAGUAUGAAAGGAUUCGUGACCGGCUUGGUGCCGUUUGUCUCCAGUGGGACUGACGCGGACUUAAGCUUUGUGUGUCCUGCAGAUUUAACCACCACAGCAAAACCACCUCUGAACUCUAACCUAUCAACCACAACAACCACCGCAACCACCACAACGACCACAAUGACCACAACAACCACAACAACCACAUCCCCAGCAUCCGCCUUAACAACUGAGUUUUCAAUCAUUAUCACUGCGUUGUUGAUGUUGCUCCAGCACAUUGUUGUUCAGUAGAAUUUUCAAUGAGCCAGUUCAGCAGCUUUUGCUUAAAUAGCCAUUUUUUUCUUUAUCUGACAUACACAUUUUGAUUUAAAAAUUAGUCCUUGAUUUUAUAUUUUAAUGAUGGCAUUGGGAGUGUUGUUUUACCAAAAUCACAUGACAAAUCAUCAAACCAUUCUUUGGCUGUUAAUCAGGUGAUGGGCUUUUUUUUUAUAAUUGUUUUCAUUUUUAAUAAUAUUUUAGAUAGAUUAGCUUAGAUUAGAUAAAUAUCUGGUUAGAUAUCACUGCAACUUUAAUUUCAACUUAUUUUAAACAUCUGGGGAAAAUACUCUUAAUAAAGACCUUCUUGUUCAAAUCA